AUGUCGAACACUGACUGGGACAGUAAAACCGUGAUUGGACGAGGCGUUCGACCUUCCGGCGGCGGUGGCGGUUCUGCAGGACCUACUGCCUACGAGCGGGCUAAGCAAGUUGGCGCCAUCACGGACCUCGAUCGAAAAGUCACGGCGGGUACUAACAAGGGCCAUGUGGGUACGGACCACCAGCGCAUCGCAAAGCUCGACAGGGAAAACGAAGUUGCCCCGCCCCCCAAGGUCGCUCCCACCGUCGGCAAGACCAUCGGCCAAAAGAGACAGGAAAAGGGUCUCACCCAGAAGGACCUGGCGACCAAGAUCAACGAAAAACCCCAGGUGAUCCAGGAAUACGAAAGCGGAAAGGCGGUUCCUAACCCCCAGAUUCUGGCAAAGAUGGAAAGGGCCCUGGGAGUCAAGUUGCGAGGAAAGGACAUUGGCGCUCCUCUUGGAGGUCCCAAGAAGAAGUAA